CUUCAUUCAUCUCUUUCAUCCCCCAUCAUUUCCUCCACUCUUCAUUUCUACUCGUCCAUUCAUCCACACCCUAUUCACCUCAUUACUCCCACUCUUCUUUCCGAACCCUCUUUCGCCAUGCGAGUGGCUCACACGCGCACAGGGAAACCCCUUCCCUUUGUCGUGACCAUUUUCCCCAUUUUCUUUUAUUUUCUACUUAUUGGAUUUGGCUACUAUGUUUUUGUUAUAAUAACAUGUGUGAAGCUAAUACGAAUUGACAAGGCUGUCCUUGGAGCGGUUCUCCUCGUCAUCUACCACAUAACAUUUAUAAUGAUGCUUUGGGCCUAUGCUAUGGUCAUUCUAACUGACCCUGGGCGAGUCACAGCAGAGCCAGGAACUCAACAUCCACAAACGUUUAUUCAAACAGAACCUCAGCAGUCUCAGCAACAAACACAUACUGAACAGGAAGAGACGCAAAUACGUAGAGAGGUAGAACAGGGACCACAGCAUCAAGGAGAGUCGCACAUUCAACGAGUACAGGAAGCACAUAUGAAGGUUGGAGAUGAUCUCACAUCGUCAUCAACAGCAAUGGCAACAGCAUCAUCAUCCAAAUCAUUGAGGUCAUCUGGAGCGCUAAUUCCUGGAGCACAGAGUGCGAAUAAGUCCGGAUAUAUCCACAUUUCGGAAGAUCCUUCUGUACAAGGCCAUCCUCUCUGGUGUAGCAAAUGUCAGCAUGUCAAGCCUGAACGAGCACACCAUUGCCGAGUCUGCAAACGAUGUGUGUUGAGAAUGGAUCACCAUUGUCCCUGGGUCCUGAAUUGUGUUGGUCAAGAUAACUAUAAAUUCUUUGUCUUAUUCAUUGCAUAUACAGCUAUCCAUUGUAUUUACAUUUUGGUUGCUAUAGCGUCACUCCAUCAACAAUACCCUACAGAGGAAUGGACACAUCAGAUCCAAAUUGCCGGAAUGAUCGUUGCUGGGAUAUUUGGAUUCACUCUUAUUGUCUUCACCCUCACUCACGUCCGCCUUAUCCUCCUAAACAGGACAACCAUUGAAGAUCACAGCACCCCUCGUGACGAAGGAGUUUUCCCUUGCCUACGUAAAGGAUGGACAGACAGCGAAGGCGAGGUUAACCAAGGCAAUGAACGACUGUACGAUAUUGGGUUUAAAGGAAACUGGGAACAGGCGAUGGGGAAGGGUUGGAAAUGUAUGAUACCGACUAGGCUCUCUAGACUUGAGGGGCCAGUAUACAACGAGAAAGUGGUGGCUAGGCAAUGGCGAGAUUAUAAUCAGCAAAUGGAGGCUCGUCAACGACAACAACAACAACCACAGCCUCAAUAUCAAUCGCCAGGAACAUAUGGUGAGGCACCGCAGGCAGAUGGGGGUGUAUUAGAAGGAUCAAGUACGACCCAGUCAGCGUCUUCAGUAAGGCCAUGAUACUCAUCAUCCAUCUGACAUUGGAACUAUUGACGAUAUAGCUUCAUCAUUAGUAGCGUCAUGUAUUAAUUUAGUCUUGACAUAUUUAAUGUAAUAAUACCUACUUUAAUC